GGGAUUAUGGUAAUUUGGUCCAGAAAUACCUGGGCUGACUCACUUGUUUCUAGUGAGCCGGCAAAAAUUGAAUUCGUUUCGGAACCAAAACAAAAAUGUGUUUCGAAUUUAGAGCGGCCCAGUUUGAAUUCAAUUUAGUCUCAUUAUUUUUGUUGUGCCUUUUUGUUUAAAGCUGAAUUUGACCAUAUCAAUAUUACGAUUAACGAGAUUUUUUACGCUUGCCAGUUCAAAAUUAAUCAAAAUUUUUGGAUGCAGAGCGCACAAAAGUUCAACUAUUAAAUAAUCAUAAGCUGGUUGGCAUAUUGUAAAUUAUAGUCCAAAUUACGCAAAAGAGUGUUAGUUUGAGAAGCUUUACUCUUUUUGUGCUAAAGGCUACUUGAAGACGUUUGAGAAAAUAUCUUAAAAUUGACUUGAGAUUCACAUAGUUAGCUUGUUUCUUCAGGCUUUUGGCUGUUUACAAACAUCUACAACUAAGCCAUGAGACUUUUACUAUCAUAACUUAUCAUAACUGCAUAGCAUUAAAAGUGUCCCAAAAUGUUAGGAUACCACAUUAAUAGCAACCGGUACUCGGUAGCUUUACCUCUUGACUAUCGAAACUACGAGUUUGAACCCCGAGGCGAGGGAUCCGACGAACCGGACCAUGUUUACGGAACAGAACUUUCUAUAAAUACUUCCGCUGUAAGUUCACGUCAACAACCAGGGAUCUCAACUUCACAAUACCGGUCAUUUGCCAGCAGACCGGAAUUCGUAUUACCCAAUAUGCCAAAUGAGAACUUGUUCAUAAGCUCUUCGGGAAAAAGUUAUAUUCAGAACCAAACCCCUUCUUUAAACUAUUCACAAUACUACCCCUCCCAAAAUCCAGAGUCCACGACCUACAACCACUUGGAGUCCGAAAUCCAGGCGGAGGCACGAGCGAUUCACGACCGAUACUUCGGAUCUUUUGACCGAAACGAUAGACAACGCUCGUCCGAAAGCCGAACAGGUAGCAGUCGUUCCUCGUCUAACAAUCCUCGGCCGAACAGUUACCACCAGCACAGUGGAAUGCAAAUCAUGCCUUCCAACGAAGUGAUGUCACCGGCAACUUUCCGAAGACAGUCGGCCGCAUUCCCCAACUCGAUGCCCAGUCCGGCCUUCAAUCGCGGCGCCCGAAACGCACUGACUUCAAACCCCGUUAGACCUCUAAGUGAUUACUUUUCACCGUCUAGAAAUAGUGCGUUUCAUCAACCUGCGACGAGGGUCAUCCCACAUCGGCAAUACAACUCCUCGGGGCAAAAUAGUGCAAUAGCUUCAAACACGACUGCAAGCUCUGAAGCGGAACAUAAAAGCCGAGACGAUUUGCAAAAUUACGAGCAUGAGUCCAUCAACAACAAUCUAAACACCCCAACAAGAAGUAAUUUACCUGGUGCUAGUGUAUUAGUAGGCGACUAUUGGGAACCAAAUCGGACUAAUUUCUCGGUUAAUCAGAACUCACCGGAUAGCAACUCGGCGUUUUCUGCUUACCGCGACAGAACGCCAAUUUUUAAUCAGACUCAACCUGAAUCUACGCUAACUCCGCAACGUGCUAAUCGGAGUUCGGCAUAUAGCAGCGAUUCGUUUACGCGAAGGUUCGAAAAUGGUCACUCUGCGAAUUAUCAAAAUGUAACCUACUCAAAUGAUGAACAAAAUUCGAACUACGGUCAAAGCAUUAAGUGUGACGUUUCUUUCAAGGCGUCGAAAACCAAUUCUAAUCGACGGUUCUCAAAUCCUACCGGACAAUCUAAUGGUCAAAACGAGUAUUCGGCUAAUUACCCAAACAGCAAAAAUCUUCCCGGAGGGACUUUUUUUACAUUUGAAAAUCUCGGAGAGGAACAACCUGACCUUGUCGAUGUAAUUUACAACGGAAAUCGCGCAACUAAUUAUCACCACAGUCAGAGUGCUCAAAAUACUCUUAUGCCGCCCGACUCAAGUCAGCAUCGCGAUAUGUCCAGAUCCCCUAAUCGAGGCUGGGUUAGAAGUAACUCUGAGCGUCGAAGAUACCCAAACGAUUCUAACAGCAAUCAGCCAAUUCACCAUAGCGCUGAUUUGAAUGACGUCCGGAUCCCAGAGCCCGCAACUAUUGUCCACCUUCAGAACCAGUUUUCCAACAUGAGUGCCGGUGACCGGUCAAGGUCAACUCAAAAAGUUAACAACUUCGGAGGUCAAAAUCAGCAACAAAUAUCACCGCUUGUGGAGCAUACACAUUUGUUGACUCAUCCAAAGACUUUUAGUAGUUUACCCAAGGCUAACAGAGGACCAAAGGUUAACUUCCCAAGACCUGAGAGCUACCAGGAUCAAAGAGCGGGUUCGGUUACUCCUCGGAGUAACUCGGGAAGGAGCUACGAGGAACUUCUUCAGAGCGAAAUUGAACAGUUGACUAACCAGCUGGAAAACGAGCAACAAAAUCUCGAGAGGUAA